AUGGAGUCUCCAGGCAUGUUCCCGGACUCUCCUAUGGAGCAGGAUGAUGUUCCAUUUCCCUGCAAAGGGUGCGGAGAGAUUCUUGAGGAGGGCAAGGCUUUCGAACUCGCGGGGAACCGAUGGCACAUUGAAUGUUUCUGCUGCAGUACCUGUGGCACUCUUCUCGACUCCGAUGCCCACCUACUACUGCUCGGAGAUGGAUCGUUGAUCUGCAGCAACUGUACCUACAGCUGCAGCUCAUGCGGGGACAAGAUCGAAGACCUGGCCAUUCUGACCGGCGAACAGGCCUUCUGCGCCCAGUGCUUUCGCUGCCGGAAUUGUAAACGGAAAAUUGAGAAUCUGCGCUACGCUCGCACCUCCCAGGGAAUCUUCUGCAUGGACUGUCACGAAUCGCUGAUGCAACGCCGGAGGAAGAAAAAAGCGAGUGCACCGACGAGUAAAAAGCAUGGUCCCAACGUGAAACUGGACAAAUCCCUGCCUUCGCUCCCGCCAGAGGAACGACGACCUCAUCCCACAGACGAAUCUAUCAUUGAUCAUUAUACGGACGAUGCGCGUGCGGCAGCCCCCGCGCUGGACGCGGGACGGAAUGAACGGCCCUCGAUUUCGCGUCAGACCACAGAUGAUCAAGACAACCUGAUACUGCCUUCCAGCACCUAUCGAAGCAAUCGUCACUCGGUGGUACCUCGGGAGGCGGAGGCGGAUGGCGGAGAGUUCCUCAUACCCGUCGCCUUCGACCCCGCAGAGGAAGGGCGGUCGUCGCGCGCACAGUCGCCCCCGACUGCCCACGGACAACCACAGAAAUCCUCGAGAGACGGCCAUGAAACUCUCCCCUCAACGAGCGCAUCCCCCCACAUCGCAUAUCAGGAGAAGGGCCGGGAGCGGGCUGAUGUGGAAUCUGCCCGAUGGCGCGGGGACGAACCCAUCGCGAACGGGACAGCGCGCUCUACAGACAACUUACCGCGAGGCACCUCCAACCGCAGCUCCAGGUCGGAUUUCAAAGAGAACAGCUCAUUUUCGACACCGAGCCCCGAAUCCGCCAAGUCAUCGAACGCUCAAUUCAAGGAUAGCUCAAUGCUCGACUCGAAGAGGUCCACGAUCGUGGAGACCACCGUGACACUCCCCUCCCGUCCAUCGAAUGAGCUUCGUCAACUGCAUGAGAAGGGCGGUUCAGUAGAUUCGACCCGCUCGUUCCCAUCGCCCAACGCCGCGCAGGCCCAUCCCAAACGGGGCGAUUCGCUCGAAAGCCGCCACCACCAGAUCCCGAGGAAGGAGGUCGGAGCUCGACCGCCAUCGGUCGCCCACAGUGACGACGGGACCGGACGGCUGCCGGAAAGGACUUCUUCCAGGAAGAGCACACCGAAAAUCGGCGAGCCGCCUCGUACGCCUCGUGGCGAUUCGACCGCGGAAACCCAUGGGCAUGCUCGUCAUAACUCGAUGAGCACCUUGCAGUCCGAUACCCACCGUCCUGGGUCUCCAUCGUUGCUACGGUAUAGCGCUGCAGGUGAAUUCUCGAUGGAGGAAGAUAUGGCUCGGAUCCUGGGAUCAGACGAGGCGCAUGCUGCCCGGGACAGCGAAUCCUUCUUGCGCCGCGUGUCCCACACGGUCCGCCAUGGUCGGAGUUUCAGUGACAAAGGCUCUCGUCUUUCAAAGGACCUCAAGUGGCCCCCAUCCCCGGUCAACGGGACAACACCAGUUCCGCACAUGGGGAGCCGGCCCGCAUCUCCCGAGCUAUCGCGCGCGGAGGAAGUGGCGUGGCUUCGCAGCGAGCUCCGCAAAGAGCGCCAGCGGGUCGUGGAGAAAGAACAGAAGAUCGCCGAGAUGGAGGCCGUUCUCAACGCGACUGCCGAUGUCAAGCAGGUGAACACCGAAUUGAACGAGAAGCGGUCAACGAUGGUGGUCCUGGACGCCCAGAAGGAGAUUGUCCUGCGCGAGCUUUCCGUCUUGACGGAUCACCUGGAGGCCGAGAAGCGCGGUGCUAGUGGCCCUCUCGACCUUGGAAAGAUUACAAGCAAGGCGCUGCGCGACUUUGUCGAGUCGCUUCACAAGCUGAAAGAGUCGUUCACGCCACAGAUCGAAGAAUUAGUACAGAGCCGUAACGAUGCCGCGGAGGAGCUUGCGACCCUGAACCGCAUGAAGGACAAGAGCUUCCAGGAAUUCGAGCAAUUAUCCUCCAAGAAUGCUCAAUUGGCUGAGUUGAACAAUCAGUUGGUGCAUCAAAUUCAAGAGCUCUACAAGGCCAAUUCGGCCGAGGGCACUCGCGGUGCGAACGGCCUUGGUAUCUACUCUCACGGCAAGGAGAAGUCGUUGUCUGCGAUUGAUACCUUGAAAUCCGCCAACAGUGAUCUUACCGCGUCAAUUUCUACUGCUCACCUCUCAGAGGAGGCCGAACCGGCCACUGUGGUCCCCGGUCCGCAGGUUGUCAGCAUCCGCAAAGGACAGCCUCGCAAGUUCAAUUGGAAGAAAGGUGGGCAGAACGUCGCCAAGGGCGUCACCAAGGGUAUCAAGGGCGCCUUCAUGUCGAGUGAAAGCAACACCGCCCAAGACGGUAACCCCGGACUCCCCCGCUCCCAGACCCAAGAUCCUAGUCGGCAAGGCUUCGGUUUCUUUGGAAACCAAAGGAGCAAGCAAGCGGGAACUCGGAUCCCUCAGGCCGAUAGCGUUCCCACGCUGGCUGAGGCCGCCCCAACUGGUCUAUUUGGGACAGAUUUGGAACAGCGCAUGGAGCAUGAGAAGAGUAUUAUUCCUGCCAUUGUCACUCGGUGCAUUCAAGAAGUUGAACUACGAGGUAUGGACAUGGAAGGAAUCUACCGUAAAUCAGGCGCCAGCUCGGCCAUUCAGACGAUUCGGGAAGGAUUUGAACGGUCUCCUCAGGAUUACGACAUUUCUGAUCCCGACCUUGACAUCCACGCCGUGACGUCGGCUCUCAAACAAUAUUUCCGGAAGCUGCCCACGCCUCUUAUCACUUAUGAAGUCUACGAAACCAUCAUUGAUACUGGUGAAAUCACUUCGCCCGAAGCACGCAUUGCCGCUUUGCAGAAGAGCCUCGCCGAACUGCCGCGGGUUCACCAGGACGUGCUGGAGUUCCUGGUAUUCCACCUGAAACGGGUGGUUGAACGCGAGAAGGAGAAUUUAAUGACCAGCCAGAACAUUGCCGUCGUCUUUGCCCCGACCAUCAUGAGACCUGAGAGUCUGGCCCGGGAGAUGACUGACGUGCAGAAGAAGAACGAGGUCUUGAAGUUCUUGGUCGAGAACUGUCAAGAAGUCUUUAUGGGUAUGCAGAGUUAG